ACAGGAAGCAAACUCUCGAGCUCAAACAUGGCAAAGCGAUUUUACGACCUUACGGCUAAACUGCUAACAGGGGAAACUUUACAAUUAUCUGCGCUUCAAGGCAAAGUCGUCCUAAUUGAGAACGUCGCAUCUCUCUGAGGUACAACCACCAGGGAUUACACCCAGAUGAACGAGCUCCACGAGCGGUAUGCCAGUCAGGGGCUCGUUAUCCUGGGUGUUCCCUGCAACCAGUUUGGUCACCAGGAGAACUGCAAAAAUGAGGAAAUCCUCCAGUCAUUGAAGUACAUCAGACCUGGUAACGGCUUCGAGCCCAAGUUUCAGCUCCUUGAGAAGGUAGAAGUGAACGGAAAGGAUGCCCACCCGUUGUUCGUGUUCCUACGGGAGAGCCUGCCAUUCCCCAGCGACGACCCUACCUCUCUGAUGAACGACCCUAAAUUCAUCAUCUGGAGCCCCGUGUGCAGGAAUGACGUGUCCUGGAACUUUGAGAAGUUCCUCAUCGGGUCAGACGGGGUGCCCUUCAAGCGCUACAGCCGCAGGUUCCUUACAAGUGACAUCGAAGGAGACAUCAAAAAGCUCUUGAGCCACGCAAACUAA